AUGGAAUCCCUAAUUUACCAAUCAAAUCUCUAUAUUUCCCCUUGCUUAUCUAUCUAUCUAUCUAUCUAUCUAUCUAUCUAUCUAUUUCGGUCUGCUUAUAAUCACCCCAGAAUCCACGGAUUAUUCCGGGCAAUAAAACGGAACUGUCCUUCUUUACAUAUAUCUAGCUUUUAUGCCUACCUUUGGAACAAAUCUACACAAACCUACAUUUUACAUAUUGCUACUGAUAUUGAUCUUCUUUUCAAGAUCAAGGCUUAUAAUAUUUGUGUUUAUGACACAUAUUUUCCCUUUCUUUCCUUUUUUUUUUACCUAUACCGAUUUGGUCAUUUCUUUCUUUCUUUCUUUCUUUUUUCUUUCUUUCUUUCUUUCUUUCUUUCUUUUUUCUUUCUUUCUUUUUCUUCUUUUUUUUUCUUUCUUUUUUCUUUCUUUUUUUUUUUUUUUUUUUUUUCGUUCUUUCUUUCUUUCUUUCUCCUAGAAGUUUUUCAUUAUAUCUCUUUUAAGACAUCCUUUCCGGCAGCUUCUUUUCAACUUUUCUGUUCUUUUUCCUUCUUCUCGACAAAUUUGACUCAUCGUCCUGUUACCUCUCUUUCACAUACAAAAUAUUAUUUGAAUUGCUUCGUCGACACACGGACAGCCUCACGUCUAUCAGCAUAA